CAUACGUUUAAAGAUAACACUGUUCAUGGGGUGUAACAUACGUAAGCUGCAAAGUCAUUAAGGCAUGCACGUAGAAAUAGGGCACGAUAGAUACAGAAAUCAUACACAAUGGAAUGCUCCUUAAAUGAAUGUGGCGUCUGCGCCGCGGAGUCAGUUGUUGCUUUCUGCGAAAACUGUAAUUUUAGAAUUUGUGGAUCAUGUUUUCAAAUGCACAAAAAAUCAACCAAGUUAUUUCAGAACCAUGUGGCUUUUGCAAUUGAAGAAACUAAGCAGAAUCUAGAUAUCUGUAUUUCGGAGAAUGAUGUACUUCAGUUUUUAAAACAGAAUUCUGGGGAUAUACAUACUCAUAAAUGCGCCAGACAUACAACAGAAAAUUUGGUUUUAUUCUGUCCAGAUCAUAUAGACACACUAUGCGCCAGAUGUGUUGUGUCAUUCCACAAAUCCUGCAAACUGAUUGAUUUAUUUGAGGUUCAUGUUGACGAGGAAGAAGUAAGUACUUGCAAGUCAAACUUACACGACAUUGAAGAGGAAUUAAAGUCUGCUGAAAACAAAAUUGAGAAAAAUACACUUAAAAACAAAGCUUGUAAAAAUGAAUUUCUGGAGGAACUUCAACAAUUACGAAGAGAGGUUAACAAAUGGUUUGAUCAUCAGCAAUUAAAAUGUGGAAAACAGUGCAGUAAAACUUUUGAGACAAAUGGUGAGCGUUUAACAAAAGUACAAACAUUUUGCAAGGAAAACAGACAGCGUAUUCAAGAACACCAAGAAUUAAUCGAUACGCUAAAAGCUCAAAACCACGUAAAACGGUUAUAUGUUGUAUUAAAUCAAAUUAGAAAGGAAAUUGAGCAGAUAAAAUUAAAGUUCAAUUGGCUCCACAACGAAAGCGGUUUCAAUGGUUACGUCUUCCAGCGGAGCAACGGUUUAGAGCAAUUAUUGAAUGUCCAAACCUUUGACAUUGGUGGCCUAGAAGAGUGGUGCAACGGAAGUGACGAUAUAUCAGAUGACUCAUUAUCUUCGGUCAUGGUGUUUCAGUUGAAAAGCCAACUAGUCCGGACCUACCUUCCAAUCAGCCAACUAGGCCGGAACUACCUUCCAAUCAGCCAACUAGGCCAGAACUACCUUCUAACCAGCUAAUCAGGCUGGAACUACCUUCCAAUCAGCCAACUAGGCCGGAACUACCUUCCAAUCAGCCGACUAGGCCGGAACUACCUUCCAAUCAGCCAACUAGACCGGAACUACCUUCCAAUAAGCCAACUAGGCCGGAACUACCUUUCAAUCAGCCAAUUAGGCCGGAACUACCUUCUAACCAGCUAAUCA